CUCCUCCUCCUCCUGCGGGACAAUGUGAGACGCGGAGCUCCGGCCCCGACACACUGAACGAGCAGCAGCCGCCUCCGCCGCGAUGGGAGCGGACACCGAGUGACUCGAGCCGCCGCCGAACCACGAGGACCCUGAGAUCGAGAGUUGAUUCGUUCGUGGAGCCUCGGGCCGCGGCGAUGGGCAGCGGGCGCUGAGCGGCGCCAGGCCGAGAAGCAGGACGAUGAGCGUCGCGCUGCGGACUCUGUUGUUGGCCUCGGUCUCUUCGCUGCUCCGGGCCGAGCCGCUGCUGCUGUAUGCAAACCGCCGCGACCUCCGUCUCGUGGACGCCGCACACGACAAGGCCAACGCCUCGGUGGUGGUGGGCGGGCUGGAGGACGCCGCCGCCGUGGACUACGUGUUCGCCCAGGGCCUCGUCUACUGGAGCGACGUGAGCGAGGAAGCCAUCAAACGCACCGUCUACAACCGCUCGGGCGCCGCUGGCGCCGUCCAGACGGUGGUGCCGGGCCUCGCGUCGCCGGACGGACUCGCCUGCGAUUGGCUGGGCAGGAAACUGUACUGGACGGACUCUGAGACCAACCGGAUCGAGGUGUCGGAGCUGGACGGCGCUUUGAGGAAGGUUCUGUUCUGGCAGGAGCUGGACCAGCCGAGAGCUAUCGCCCUGGACCCACAGCGAGGGUUCAUGUACUGGACGGACUGGGGCGAGAUCCCGAAGAUCGAGCGUGCGGGGAUGGACGGGACGAAUCGAUCGAUGAUCAUUGAUAAAGAGAUCUACUGGCCCAACGGUUUGACGCUGGACUACAGUCAACAGAAACUGUACUGGGCCGACGCCAAACACAACUUCAUCCACCGCGCCAACCUGGACGGUUCCUCCAGGGAGGUGGUGGUGAAAGGAGAGCUGCCUCACCCCUUCGCCCUCACCCUGUACGAGGACACUCUGUUCUGGACCGACUGGAACACUCACUCCAUCCACUCCUGUCGCAAACAGACGGGCGGCGAACAGCGGGUCGUCCACUCCGACAUCUUCUCGCCCAUGGACAUCCACGUGUUCAGCGCCAAGAGGCAACUCGUCGUAAACACUCCCUGCUCGCUGAACAACGGAGGAUGUUCCCACCUCUGCCUGCUCUCCCCGCUGAAGCCGUUCUAUCAGUGCGCCUGUCCCACGGGAGUCCAGCUGCUGGAGGACGGGGCGACCUGCAGAGACGGUGCGACCCAGAUGCUGCUGCUCGCCCGGCGGACCGACCUGCGGCGCAUCUCUCUGGACAUGCCGGACUUCACCGACAUCAUCCUGCAGGUGGACGACAUCCGCCACGCCAUCGCCAUCGACUACGACCCGGUGGACGGAUACAUCUACUGGACGGAUGACGACGUGAAGGCCAUCCGCCGCUCGCUGCUGGACGGCAGUGACGCCCAGUUCGUGGUCACGUCCCAGGUGAACCACCCUGACGGAAUCGCGGUCGACUGGAUCGCCCGGAACCUGUACUGGACCGACACCGGCACGGACCGGAUUGAGGUGACACGGCUCAACGGGACCAUGCGCAAGAUCCUGAUCUCCGAGGACCUGGACGAGCCCAGAGCCAUCGUGCUGGACCCCGUCGCCGGGUACAUGUACUGGACCGACUGGGGCGAGGUGCCGAAGAUCGAGCGAGCGGAUCUGGACGGGACGGAGCGAGUGGUGAUGGUAAACACGUCGCUGGGCUGGCCCAACGGGCUGGCGCUCGACUACGACCAGAGGAAGAUCUACUGGGGGGACGCCAAGACGGACAAGAUCGAGGUGAUGGACAUGGACGGUUCAGGCCGACGAGUUCUGGUGGAGGACAAACUCCCUCACAUCUUCGGCUUCACGCUGCUCGGUGACUACAUCUACUGGACGGAUUGGCAGCGCCGAAGCAUCGAGCGCGUCCACAAGCGCACGGCGGAGCGAGAGUUCAUCAUCGACCAGCUGCCGGACCUCAUGGGCCUGAAGGCCACGUACGUGCACCAGUCCUUCGGUACGAACCCGUGUGCGGAGGACAACGGCGGCUGCAGCCACCUCUGCCUCUAUAAGCCGCAGGGCGUCCAGUGCGGCUGCCCCAUCGGCCUCGAGCUCAUCGCCGACAUGCAGACGUGCAUCGUACCCGAGGCGUUCCUGCUCUUCUCCCGCCACACCGACAUCCGCCGCAUCUCACUGGAGACCAACAACAACAACGUGGCCAUCCCGCUCACCGGCGUCAAGGAGGCGUCGGCGCUCGACUUUGACGUUACCGACAACCGCAUCUACUGGACGGACAUCACCCUGAAGACCAUCAGCCGGGCCUUCAUGAACGGCAGCGCUCUGGAGCACGUGGUGGAGUUCGGGCUGGACUACCCGGAGGGGAUGGCGGUGGACUGGCUGGGGAAGAACCUGUACUGGGCCGACACUGGCACCAACCGCAUCGAGGUGGCCAAACUGGACGGGCAACACCGGCAGGUUCUGGUCUGGAAGGACCUGGACAGUCCUCGAGCUCUGGCUCUGGAUCCGGCUGAGGGCUACAUGUACUGGACCGAGUGGGGCGGGAAACCAAAAAUUGACCGAGCGGCGAUGGACGGGACGGGUCGCAUCACUCUGGUGGCCGACGUGGGCCGAGCCAAUGGGCUCACCAUCGACUACGCCGAGCGCCGCCUCUACUGGACCGACCUGGACACCACCCUGAUCGAGUCGUCCAACAUGCUCGGUCAGGAGCGCGAGGUCAUAGCCGACGACCUCCCUCACCCGUUCGGCCUCACCCAGUACCAGGACUACAUCUACUGGACCGACUGGAGCCAGCGCAGCAUCGAGCGGGCAAACAAGACCAGCGGUCAGAACCGCACCGUGAUCCAGGGCCACCUUGACUAUGUGAUGGACAUCCUGGUGUUCCACUCGUCGCGUCAGGGCGGCUGGAACGCCUGCGCCUCCACCAACGGCCACUGCUCGCACCUCUGCCUCGCCGUGCCCGUCAGCAGCUUCGUCUGCGGCUGCCCCGCCCACUUCUCGCUCAACUACGACAACAAGACAUGCAGUGCUCCCACGUCGUUCCUGCUGUUCAGCCAGAAGACGGCCAUCAACCGCAUGGUGAUCGACGAGCAGCAGAGUCCCGACAUCAUCCUGCCGAUCCACAGUCUGCGGAACGUCCGUGCCCUCGACUACGACCCGCUGGACAAGCAGCUGUACUGGAUCGACUCCAAGCAGAACGUGAUCCGUCGAGCGCAGGAGGACGGGAACCAGAGCAUGACAGUGGUGGCGAGCUCGAUGGGCGGAGCCAGUCAGGGGCUGCUGCAGCUCUACGACCUGAGCAUCGACAUCUACAGCCGCUUCAUCUACUGGACCAGUGAGGUCACCAACGUCAUCAACGUGACCCGGAUCGAUGGCAGCCGGGUGGGCGUGGUGCUGAGGGGCGAGCACGACAAGCCGCGGGCCAUCGUGGUCAAUCCGGAGAGAGGGUACAUGUACUUCACCAACCUGCUGGAGCGCUCGCCCAAGAUCGAGCGGGCAGCGCUGGACGGCACCGAGCGCGAGGUGCUGUUCUUCAGUGGUCUGGGGAAACCCGUCGCUCUGGCCAUCGACAACGAGGUGGGGAAGUUGUUCUGGGUGGACUCUGACCUGCGGCGCAUCGAGAGCAGCGACCUUUCCGGAGCCAAUCGGAUCGUGAUCGCGGACUCCAACAUCCUACAGCCGGUCGGCCUGACGGUGUUCGGGAACCACCUGUACUGGAUCGACAAGCAGCAGCAGAUGAUCGAACGCAUCGACAAGACCACGAGGGAAGGACGCACCAAGAUCCAGGCUCGCAUUGCCUACCUGAGUGACAUCCACGCCGUCCACGAGCUGGACGCCCACGAGUACAGUAAACAUCCGUGCACGUGGGACAACGGCGGCUGCUCCCACAUCUGCAUCGUGAAAGGCGACGGGACGACUCGCUGCUCGUGUCCCGUCCACCUGGUGCUGCUGCAGGACGAGCUCUCCUGUGGAGAGCCGCCCACCUGUUCCCCGGAGCAGUUCUCCUGCACAUCCGGCGAGGUCGACUGCAUCCCUCAGGCCUGGAGAUGCGACGGCUACGCCGAGUGCGACGACAAGAGCGACGAGGACGACUGUCCCGUCUGCUCCGAGUCCGAGUUCCAGUGCGACAGCCGCCAGUGCGUCGAGCUCAGUCUGCGCUGCAACGGAGAGUUCAACUGUCAGGACCGGUCGGACGAGAACAAGUGUGAAGGUGUGACAGUGCGAUGUCCAGCCGAUCAGUUCAGCUGCUCUAACGGUCAGUGCAUUGGGAAACACAAGAAGUGCGACAACAACAUGGAUUGUUCUGAUAACUCAGACGAGCUCGGCUGCUAUCCGACCGAGGAGCCGCCUCCGCCGCCCAACACCACCAUCGGCUCCAUCGUGGGCGUGGUCAUGGUGCUGUUCGUGGUGGGCGCUGUGUACUUCGUGUGCCAGCGCGUCCUCUGUCCGCAGAUGAAGGACGACGGCGAGACGGUCACCAAUGACUUCGUGGUCCACGGGCCGUCGUCGGUGCCGCUGGGAUACGUGCCGCACCCGAGCUCGCUGUCCAGCUCGCUCCCGGGGAUGUCCCGAGGGAAGUCUGUGAUUGGCUCCCUCAGCAUCAUGGGCGGGAGCAGCGGACCGCCGUACGACCGCGCCCACGUCACCGGGGCGUCGUCCAGCAGCUCGUCCAGCACCAAGGGGACGUACUUCCCCCCGCUCCUGAAUCCUCCUCCGUCUCCGGCGACCGUUCGGUCUCAGUACACGAUGGAGUUCGGUUACUCGUCCAACAGUCCGUCCACUCACAGAUCGUACAGCUAUCGUCCCUACACGUACCGUCACUUCGCCCCGCCCACGACCCCCUGCAGCACCGACGUGUGCGACAGCGACUACACACCGGGACGCCGGGCUCCGCCUAAGUCUGGCACCGCCACCGCCGCUGCCAAGGGCUACACCAGCGACCUCAACUAUGACUCGGAGCCGUUCCCGCCGCCGCCCACGCCGCGGAGCCAGUACCUGUCGGCGGAGGAGAACUGUGAGAGCUGCCCGCCGUCGCCAUACACCGAGCGCAGCUACUCCCACCACCUCUACCCGCCGCCGCCAUCGCCCUGCACGGACUCCUCGUGAGCCCUGCCCCCACACACUAGGCCCCGCCCCUCCACACAGCUCCGCCCCCUCACUGUAAAUAGCAAUUGUGCAUAAAUGAGGCUAAAAAUGGGAAGGAGAGACUGAGAGAGUGAGCGAGGAGAGGAACCAGGAGACAAAGAGAAACAUUUGUACAUUGACAAAGAGAAAAGCAUAUUUAUAUAUUUUCUAUACAGUGUUUACUGACGACGUCAUCGAGUUUGUAUCAAGAAAUUUGUAAAUUUUUUAAGAAAAGGUUUUUAUUAAAAUCAUCACAGAUAUAAAUACGUUGCCUUAAAGUCGGAGGGAAAGAAGCUCCGGGACGCUCUGACGCCAAAUAUCACACAUCAGAGGAGCCACGCCCCCUCACCAUUCAGCAGCCAAUCAGAGGAGCCACGCCCCCUCACCGCUCAGAUGCCAAUCAGAGGAGCAACGCCCCCUCGCCGCUCAGCAGCCAAUCAGAGGAGCCACGCCCCCUCGCCGCUCAGCAGCCAAUCAGAGGAGCCCCUUUCCCCCUGCCACCUCUCGGCAGCCAUGUUGUCUGCCAUGAACAUGUGAGGAGGAUCAGGAGGACACGGUUCUGAAACUGGACCCGGUUCUAAGUCUGGACCCGAUUCUGGUUCUGGCAUCGUGUCUGUGGAGGAUGUGAGUCGUGAGCAGAGUCGAUAAAGUUCUGAGUUGAAGCAAUAAAAACUAAAGGCACAUAUUCAUUCUGCAGCGUCGUUUGGUACGGAGGCUCGACGUUUGUCCGUCUGAGCCUCCGUACCAAACAUUCUACCACACGUGAAGCGGCGAGCGACUCACAUCAGAACCAGGAGCUCCAGAACCGCCGGGCUCGGCGUCACGUGGCUCACAUCAGAACCAUCGUGAUUUAAACCAAAACGUUUUGCUUGUUUGACUUUUUUAUUGUCUCGCUGAAACAGUUGAACAAGAGUCGACUCAAAGCGUUUUUCUCCUCGUCAUCGGAUUUUAUUUCUUUUAUUCAUUUUUCAUGUUGUGGAGAAGCAGCGUUUCCACGACAACGCGACCUUGUGCCUGUUACGACCUUCGUCUUUUUUUACCGUCGUUGCUCGGAGGAAACCAGUGGCCACUAAAAAGCUCCAUAGUAUUUUUGUACCACAUGUUGUGUAGAUAUAACGUAUUUAUAAGCUAUAUAUAGAAAAUCAUUGUAAAUCUUAUCCAUUGGAAAACUCUCGCAGUACUUUUCAUUCCGUCUUUUUUAUUAUAUUUGCCUCAUUAUAUUUUUCUACAGGAAAAAAUCAAACGUACGGUGACAAUCUGUCAAUCAAGUCGAGUGACGAGCUCGUCGAGGUUCAGUCUCUGUUCAAGUUCACCGGACGACUUUUCUUCUUCUUUUAUUUCUGUCGAUAUGUUUGUUCUUUGUGCUUCUCGUUCUCGUGACGACCACGAAUAUCGAAUAUAUAUUUUCUAGAGAACGUUACGUCUGAAUGUCGGUGGCGUUGUCGUGUUUCCGUCAUCAGAGGAAACGAAACACCUGCGCGAAUUUAACGACAAUCGAAAGUUUCAGAAUCAAAACUUCAUCUGUUGUGAAAUCUUCAUUUUUUACACUGAAAAAAAAAUCCUCAGUUUUUUUUAAUCAUAUUUUAAAGUUUAAUGAAAUUAGAUAGAAGUUUUUUUUCACAGCAGCCAUUUGAGCUCGUCGUGUUGUGUUCAGCUACAGACGCUUCACCUGUAUUCACCUGGAGCUUCAGAUCAAAAUGGCCGCUGUGAACGAACAAACAAACAAAUGUGAUGACGUCAUCGCCCCCUUGUGGAGGAAACAAUCAAAGAUUUUGACGAUUCCUAUUUUUCAUACAGAUGUGUACGGAGGCCACAAAGUGCCGCUUUAUGUGUGAGUCUAGUUUAAUUUCGUACAGACAAACUAUGGAUCAGAUAUUUUCUGUGCACAAGAUACUGAUUCAUGUGCAUUGAUUAUUAUCCGACUCAUUAGUCAGUGUCUUUUUGUGCAUAAAUUAUUGUUCUGUGCAAACCAGAUAAACUUUACCGUCAAGGUUUUUUCAGAUUGUUUUAAAAAACUUAAAAAAAAAAAAAUCAAAGAAACUCAAACCACUAGAAACACGUGACGUCGACUCUCCGCCGCCUCCGUACGUCUGUCGAGCAGCUGAUCUACCUGUGGAACCAUCACACACACACAUACACACACACACACACACACACACACACACACGUCUUCGGGAGAAGUUCUCAUUCGCUAACUGCACUUUACAGGACUUUUAUUUUUUUUUAUCUGAUUUCCGGUACAAACCGUCGUCGUCGUCGUCGUCGUGUGAAGGCGUCAAAACAAACAAAAGGCUUCAGACAUAUCUUUAAGUUUGUAGCCUCUCGUUGGUUCACCAGAACUUUUUUGUAAAAUUUUUCCCUCAAAUCAGAUUUGCAGCAUUAAAAUCAAAGAAAUCGUCCCUACGUCCCUACAAGAAAUUGUAUCACAAGAAUCUGAUGAACUUUAAAACUGUCGGAUCAGCGAAGGUUCAGAGGAACUUCGGAGACGUUGUCCUUUGACCUGAGACAGUUUGUUCAGAUCGUGACGAACGUGUGAAAAAGGUCAAAGAAAAGAAAAGAAAGAAGCACUUUUGUCUCCGGUUCCUCUGAGGUUUAAACAGGAAACAGACGUUUGUGUUGUGGUGUUUUUUCCCCCAUGAUGCUUUGUGAGGAAGUUCUUGGAGACGACCAACAUUUGGUCUCGUCAUGUUUUGACUCGACAUGUUUUUCUACGACGGCGACGGCGCGUACGGUUCAUCUCCAUAAGCUGUUGUAACUCAUCAUCGAUGCUGAUUUAUUUUUCCUUUUGUUAAAUAUAAAGUGAUUGAACUUUAA